GCAUUGAAAACAGCUGACCGUCAAAAGUGGUUACAAGUGCUCCUAAACAUUCAAUCGAGUAUUUUGUUGUCAAGUCUAUGGUCUCUGGAGCGAGUAAUAUCUAGUUGAAUUACAAUUUUUGAGUUUUCGACAUUGUCUCCAAUACUUCAUUGUUUGGAUCUUGUCAUUAAAGUUGAGAUAACGCAAAAUAGUUAAGCCGAAAAUGGAAACACAACUGAAGAGGGAGAAGAGCAUUCACCCAGAAGAUUAAGCGAUUAUCAAUUUUAUGUACAAAAAUCAACAAGCGAGGAAAAAUCCGAGAACCAAAAACCAAAAGAAAUAUAAUGAAUUACGGAAUUAAUUGGGAAGCAGAGCAGCGUCAGACUCUCUUGGACGGUCGAGCUUCAUUGGACAGAGCUGCUCAAUCCGUAGCUCGGUCACAGGUGGUGGCAGCUGAGACUGAACAAAUUGGCAGGGAAGUGAUCAAUGAGUUAGGGGAACAAAGGGAAACAUUGAUUCGUGCCAAGAGGAGACUCUCGGACACCGAUCAGGAACUCAACAGCUCCCGGAAGGUUAUGAGACUCAUCACCAGAGGAGUACUCACUAAUAAAAUAUCUCUCAUUCUGAUAAUAAUUCUGGAAGUGGCAAUACUCGCUGCAACUAUUUACUUGAAAUUUUUUUCUAAAAAGUAAAUAAUUCCUGCAUUCAAUAAUUUGGGAAAUUUCUAAAUGCGACGAGAGUAGACGGUAAUGAUCGUCGACUAUUUACUAGUCCACUACGAUUCAUUGAGACUGUGAUUAUACAGAUUAAUUUUUCAGCUUUGUGAAAUGACCACAUAACACCAAAUCAUAAAUUCAAAUAAAUCGAAACAGAAAAUACAUUGAUUUUCGAUUCAGAUUCUGAGAAAUUUUACAAAACGUUAAAUUUCUUAAAGUACUUUCCUUUUCAGUAAAAUUUAGAAAAUAAUUGUUACGAACUCAGAAAUUAUUUAAUUGAAGGGACCGGUGAUGUUUUUACAAAAUACUUUCUUUUUUAUAUGUAGGACUAGAGAUUCUCUAGAUCUGUUUUAAGUAGCCGAUGUCCUUAUUAUCCCAAACACAAUAAUAUUCAUGACUCGAUUAUAACAAUGUUUGCAAAUAUAUCAAUAUGUCCUACGUGCGUUACGUCUUCAUGCUUAUUUUUUUAGUUUAUCACAACAGUAAUAAUGCCAAUAACAGGAUAAAUCGGCAGGCUUAUCUUUGUAAUUGCAUAUGAACAAACAUUUUCAUCAAAAAGAGCCAUUAGUAACACAAUAAAAAUUGAGAAGGGCAGGGGAAUCUGUCUCCAUAUAAAGAAAAAUUGUCUCCAUCAGUCAUCAUUCGUUGAGUAAUCCAUCGAACCGAUUCUUCUACAUCAUGAAGUUCCUCUCCAUUUUCAUGGUCAUCGCAAUGCUGGCAGCGGCUGUUGCCGGACAACGUUGUAGAGGAAAUGGGGUUGCAUGCGCACACAGCAGCCAGUGUUGUUCUCGCCGUUGCUUCUGGAGAAGAUGCUCUCGAUAAAACAAGGGGUGUUUCAAAAUCAGAGAAUCACUUCUUCAACUUUGUUCCUGGACUUGGCCUUAAAAUAUUUUUUCACGGACUUGUGCUUCAAAUGCCUAUCAGAUUAAUUGUAAUAAACCUUUCAUUCCAAUUUAAACUUGAUUUUUAUUUGUUUUAUCCAUAUCGCAUUUUAUAUUUAAUUCCUCAAUCCUCUUCACAAAUACGCGGCAACGGUAGUCGCGUACAUUUUUUAACGUCACAUCCGUUGGACCCCUACCAUUGCAUUUUCUGUCCAACUACGGAGGGGGUCUUUUCAUUACAUAAAUAUCACUAUAAUUAUUCAAUGCAAUUGCGCCUUUAGAACCGGAAACGGACUCCUCCAUACGGGACUUGGUGGUACUUACAAGUAUCAAUAUUAAUCGAUUUAACAUUGUUAAUCUAUUCAAUUUCUUGUGAUGCAGGGACUAAUUACAAAAUGAAAUUAUGCUUCAUCUAAUUCAAUCUAAAAUUCGUCAAUUGCAAGGCUUUCGUGAGCGAUUUAUCAUUUUGCCUGGAGUGCAUGAAAAGUUACUAGAUACAAUUAAUCGCGAGCAGUCUCCGGGAAACCCACAGUGAUUCCCCGAACUCACUGCUCCAGCGAGGGUAUAAAGAAGGACCCGGGCUACUCCGUGGCAUAUUCUCCUUGAGAACUUCGCACAGUAAAGUAUACUUUGUAUCCCUCACCACCGAUUUUAACUACCAGUUAAAUUGUUCUUCAUCUUCGGACGAAUUAAACAUGUCUGGACGAGCCAAUAAUAGCAAUAGGACGAACCAGUGCAACCCGGACCAUGUUCCAUCAGGACCGGGCCACCAGGCUGGUUUUCAUGGGGCUUGAGGAAGCGCGGAUUUGAAUAAUCACGCCAACCAAUUAAACCCUAACAAUGCAAAUUACCAAGGAAAAAAAUAAUUCGACUAUUUGAGGGCUCUAGAUCGUGUUUCAAAGAACCAGUAAAAAUCAUGGAAUGUAUUUUGGGCAGUCUUACAUCAUCAUUCCUUUAAAAUAGUGUUUUUUACUUGAAAUACGAUUUGUAUAAACCAACAUGAAUAAAUGAAAUAAAAAUUAAAUUCAAA